AACUGUCGUCACACGUUUCAUCGUAAACGUAAAAACUUUGCGUUAAUAGAAACGAAAAAAACCAUUGAUAAUUUUUUUAACGGGUAAAGCAGACACGACUUUUAAUAAAUUAGUUAAUCGAAAAUACUAGUUAUUGUCUACAACUUAAAUAACGAGUACGGAUAUGUGUUAAUCUGGUUUAAACGAUUGUCGAAGAUAUUCACAAAUUUAAUGGUGAAUGAAAGUUGGGUUGAAAAAUCAGCCGAAAUAUUAUAGAAAAUGGUUGAUAAUUUUUCCGAGUUGUUUGUUGAUCAUUAUGAUGAUUGACUGAAGACUUGGGAGGAUGUUGGAUACUUCAUUGAUAAUGUGUAAAAAGUGUAUUUGUGGAUGAAAAUAAUCAAGAAGAACAAUAAUGGAUAAAUCCUGAUAAAUUUUGUGAGUGCAAAAAAGGGACUAAAAUAUUUUGUGUUACACAUCGGUGUGUAUAGAAGGCGUUGCAGCAGUUGGAAGACCAAGAGCAACGUCCCAAAGUGUUCGUAAACGUCUCACCUACAUAAAAAAAAAUCCUCUCAUUUUUUUUAUUUGCUAAUGACAAGGACAGAGGUGUAAUAACCAUCAUGAAUCCUAAAAAUUGUCUUGAGAUGAUAACGUCCACCAAAAAGUGAUUAAGUGACAAACGUGAAUUAAACUUGGUCCUGGUUAAAUGAAUUAUUUUUUAACAUGAUUAAAUCGUGGACUGAAGGAUUAUCGCCUGAAAAAGUGAUACGUUAUUAUGGGAUCAUAUCCCCAGUGAUCAUAUAAUCAUCGUUACAACGAUUGAUCAAUUCAUUUAUGAAUAAUAACCAACAACAAGGACUAUAAAAUUUUUGACGGUGAAUUUAAGCUACAAAUUUCAACAUUAAAAAAAGGAUAAACACAGUGCCAACACUGCAGAUGGAUAAACAGGGAUGACUGACAAUUGUUGGAAUUCUGGUGGUGGCGCUGGCGUCAAGAUGGAGCACUUUCAGACCACCCUGGACCCCAGGAAGCAGGAGUUACUGGAGGCCCGGUUUCUUGGAGCGAGGGGUGGUCGUAACAACGGUCCAACUAAAAAUGCCGUCGACAGCGCGCAGUCGUCGAUACCGAGCGCGGUUAAGUGCGGCCAACCGACUACCCCAGGAAUAGACUGGACGAGGCGCGACAAUGCCCCACCCUCCCGUGAUCAACGUAACUCUUCCUCCAGUGCAACGGGCCAGGGCCAACUAUCUCAGAUGUCUGCUGGCUCACAAAUUCAGAUGGCACCCCAAUCAACCGUGAACUCUGGUCAGUCGGUUCAUAGUCAAGACUCGAAUAUGAGUACCGGCUCGUCGCACAGCGACAAGGAGGUGGAUCCGAACACACCUGAAAAGCUACCACGGAGCACAGGAGAGAGAAAGAGAAAACGCAAAGUUGAUGAUGGUGGUGGUGGUGGUUCUGGUGGUCCGGUUAGCUCUAAGGGUGCACGAUCUGUACCAGCAUUGGAUAAAAAAAUCAACGAGUAUUUUCCAAAACAUCAUCUAGGCAGUAGUCCAAUUAGGCAUGGAGGCGCUAAAAGUCCAUCGCCGCAAUAUCCUAUGUAUCCACCAUCGGCUCAACCUCUAGUAUCAUCCCAAUCGACAACGCCAAAUGCUUCGGGCGCUGAAUUUUCAUCCCUGAUGCAACCACCACGACCUCAAAUACAGCCCCCACCUCCACCAUCAGCUACGACACAACCUGCAGGCUCAAUGGUCAGCAAGCAGGUUCAGGUAAGGCCCACGAACCUACCUAGGACAAGCCAGGUCAGGCAGGCGAAGACAAACACCCCAAAUACGGAACUCACUUGUCAGAGGAUACAGGAGUUUGAGUCUCAGGCAUCGUCAGAUCUAGAACUACGUAAUAAUAAAAUUGACGAAUUAAAUAGAACAACGGAAGAAUUAAGGCAUCAAAUGGCGAAUCAACAAAAAAUUCUAGAACAGCACAAAUCUCAUAUAAAUAAAUGUAUAGACGUUGUAAAGAAACUUCUUAAAGAGAAAUCAAAUAUUGAGAAGAAAGAGGCUAGACAAAGAUGUAUGCAAAAUAGACUGAGACUUGGACAAUUUGUAACCCAACGUGUUGGUGCUACGUUUCAAGAAAAUUGGACGGAUGGUUAUGCAUUUCAAGAAUUAGCACGUAGACAGGAAGAAAUAUCGACUGAACGUGAGGAGAUUGACAGACAAAAAAAAUUAUUAUUAAAAAAGAGGCCAUCAAAUAGUGAAACUGGCCGUAAACGUAGUCAACCACAGCCAUCACUGCAUAAUGGUACUGAAGCAACAUUUUUAAAGCCUGAUGCUGUGCCUGGUUCAUACACAUGGCAGGAAUAUUACGAGGCAGAUGAAAUACUCAAAUUACGUCAGAGUGCAUUGAAAAAAGAGGAUGCUGAUUUACAACUUGAGAUGGAAAAAUUGGAGAGAGAACGAAAUUUACACAUUAGGGAAUUAAAAAGAAUACACAAUGAGGACCAAUCACGUUUUAAUUCACAUCCAGUACUGAAUGAACGUUACCUAUUACUUAUGUUAUUAGGCAAAGGUGGUUUUAGUGAGGUACAUAAAGCAUUUGAUCUCAAGGAACAGCGAUAUGUUGCGUGUAAGGUACAUCAAUUAAAUAAAGACUGGAAAGAGGAUAAAAAAGCCAAUUAUAUUAAACAUGCAUUGAGGGAAUAUAAUAUACAUAAAGCACUCGAUCAUCCGAGAGUUGUCAAACUCUAUGAUGUUUUUGAAAUUGAUGCCAAUUCAUUUUGUACAGUUUUGGAAUACUGUGAUGGUCAUGAUCUUGACUUUUAUCUCAAACAGCAUAAAAUGAUUCCUGAGAGAGAGGCAAGAUCCAUUGUUAUGCAAGUUGUCUCAGCGUUGAAGUACCUUAACGAAAUAAAACCACCUGUCAUUCAUUAUGACCUUAAACCAGGUAAUAUUCUAUUGACUGAGGGGAAUGUUUGCGGCGAAAUCAAGAUAACAGAUUUUGGUUUGAGUAAAGUUAUGGAUGAGGAGAACUACAAUCCUGAUCAUGGAAUGGACUUGACAUCGCAAGGAGCUGGGACGUACUGGUAUUUACCACCAGAGUGUUUUGUAGUUGGGAAAAACCCACCUAAAAUAUCGUCAAAGGUUGAUGUAUGGAGUGUAGGAGUUAUUUUCUAUCAGUGCCUCUAUGGUAAAAAGCCGUUCGGACACAAUCAGUCGCAAGCGACUAUAUUGGAGGAGAAUACCAUAUUGAAAGCAACUGAGGUACAAUUUGCCAACAAGCCGACAGUUAGCAACGAAGCUAAGAGUUUUAUACGAAGCUGUUUGGCGUACAGAAAAGAAGAGAGAAUCGAUGUACUGACAUUAGCAAGACAUGAAUACCUCCAGCCACCAGUGCCAAAGCACGGACGUCAAGCAAAUAGCCAACAACAGCAACAGGCCCAACAGCAGCAACAACAACAAAUACAGCAGCAACAGCAGCAACAGCAACAAACCUCAUUUACAACUGGAAUGUUCAGUGGCAUGAAUGCAUCGAGCAGCUCGUAGUAAAAAACAUGAAAUAAUGUACAAUUUUUUUUGUUUUUUCUUUUUUUCUAUGACAAAAAAAAGCCUGCAGAAAAAUAAAGACAUGGGAGAAUCGCCAACUCCUGCUUGACAAACAUUUGAAGAUGUCCAAAUGAAUUGGGACAGUAGUGGAGGUUUUGUUUUGUUCACUAGGUUAAAAGUAAACAGAACUGAGUGAAAAAUGAAGUGAAGAACUUUUCAUCGAUAAUUAAAUUAAAUUUUAAAGAAACGAGAAGAAAUUAAAAAAUAAAUAAAAAUGCCAAAUCUGUAUGAGAAGACACUCAAACUGCACAUCAUAAGCAUCAAUUAAAAGAGGUGAAUAAAAAAAACAAAACUAAAUAAAUAAACAAAAAACAGUGAAAUAAUGAAAAAAUAAAUAAACAAAUAAAAAUUAAAAAUACAGUGAAUGUAAGAAAUUAAUAAUUAAUUCAAGUGUAAAUACAAAUAAAAGGAUGGAUAAUGGAAAACAAAUUAUUCAGACAUCACUGUUACAAACACAGACAUUCACUCUGCCACAAUAAUCACCGGUAAAUGAAAAUUCAUAAAUUAAAUAAUUUAAUUUCAUCCCUCUCGAUGAAGGAGGAAUUACUAACAAAAUUGCUAUCAAUGACGACAUAGAAUUUCAUUGAUUAAAAUGAUAAUCAGUGCAUUUUUGUGGAAUCAAAAAUAAGAAAAUAAUAGGAGGAAUAAUGAAAUAACUGAUUCUUUUUAUUUCAGUUAUGAGAGAGAGGCAAUUAUACACGCAAAAUAUCACGAAAGAGAAAAAUCAUUAAUACAGUUAUUUUGGAGUGAAACGAUAAAACGUAGUUUAGUCAUAUUUGCUAUAUUUGCCCCUCCAAGGAGUAGUAAGAGGUAUUUCAGGAAAAAAUGAGCGGUGAUUUUUUUGUUUUGACGAAGAAAUUCGUAACAAGACAUCUUUUAUAUUUUCUCCGGAAGUGCCUCAUUAUUAGAAUAAUUCGAUAUUCACCCAAGAGGAGCAAUUGGUUUUUUUACGUUUUAUCACUUCACUGCUGAAUUGAAAAAACACAACAACUAAAAUACGUUGUGUCCGUAAAAUGACAAGAAUAUUCAAUUGUGUUAUUGUUCCUUGUAUCGAACAGUGAGCUGAUUCGAAAGAAAAAACAAUACUAGUGCUUGAAUGAGAAUAAAUAAUGUAAAUGAAGUGAGAAAUGAAGAAAAAUUGAAUAAUGUAAGGAUUUGAAAAAGGAUAAAAAAAUUGAGAUAAACAUGUGAUAAGUUUUUGUGAAUUUAAAAAAAAGCAAGAAAACAAAUUAAAAAAAACGUUUCAUGCAAGUGAAAGAUAUAUAUAUUUUUUUUCAUUUUAUCAUUUUGAGUCGGUUUUUCUACACUUUUUUUCGUGGAAAAAAUUGGAAUGCUUGAGAACGUGUGCGUGAAAAUAAAAAAUAAAUAUUCAAAAUUUCAAAAGUAAAUGUUCUUUCUACGCAAUAUUCUGUUCAUACUUUUGGUGGAUUAAGAAUAACAAAACAUAGUGAAAAAGAAAAUUAAUGAAGCAUUAACAAGUAAUAAUUAGAUUUAUUUUGUUUAUCAUUUCAGUUAUUUCCUAUGUGACAAUUCAUGUGUUGUCUAGUGUGUGAUAUGAGAAUAAUGGAAUAUUUGCAAUGAAAACAAAAUCGAACAGUUGUUACAAUCUAGCAUGCGUGUAUAUAUCAUACGAAAAAAAAACUAAAAACCGAAGGAAAUCAAAAAAAAUUGUUUUGAAUUGAUUUCUCACAUUUUGCAUAUCAUUGUUUCCCCUUUUAUUUUUAAUUCCACAAUUUUAAUUGAUUCGAUAGAACAAUGAAAAAUUCCAUUGUUGAUUCGAUUUAACAGUGAAGUGGCAACAGUUACGUUACAUUUUCGACUCUCAAUUAUUGUAAAUUAGCACCCAUUUUGAAUGUCAAAAAUAACGUUUUGAAUGUCGAUAGUAAAUUGUUUGACAAUGGAAGAGUUUUGAGAAAGUUAUACAUUUCACUGCUUGAUCGAUAAAUUAUCCAAGUAAUGAAUUAUUAAUCAAUUCGUUUUUUUCCUCCUUCUACGGGACUUUGUCAUUUUUAUUUGUAUCGUGCAGGGAUGAAAAAUUGGAAAAACAUGUCAAUCUAAAAAAACUUUUUUUAAAAUAAUCAUCAUAAUUUUACGAACCUGAAUCGAUUAGUCGCUUUACUCAAUUUGUUUUAUAUAUGUAUGUUAUAUAGAUAUUAAUAAUUAUGAAAAUAGAAGACUAAGUUAUUUUAUCAAGUGCCCUUUUGCUUUGUAUUAUAGUUAACGCGAUUUUAAAAAAAUGUCGAUAACAACAACGAUGAAAAUUCGCAUUUAUUCCCUGUGUUUUUCGUUAUUUUUCAUUAACAUAAUAACCAAUAUUAAAAUAAGUACGUUAAGAUAAUUGGUCCACUCAACAGUAAUUAUUUUUUAAAUUUUUAGUACCUCAAUAUUGCGAAAGCCUAUUUUUUUGUGUAAUUCUUUCAUGGUCUGGACCCAUUUUUAUCUAAAGAUGUGGAAUAAUGGACAAAAGAGAAUACAAAGUCUGAUCUGGUUUGCUUGGACAGCCUAACACCACUCCCCCCACCCCCUCUAUCUUCAUCCAGAAAAAUUUUGAUUAACGAAAAGGGGAAAAUUAAAACCUAGAAAAAUAUUGAUUCAUAUUUUUUAUUCAAACAUUAAUUUUUCAAUUUAAUAUUCAUACUCAUUCGCACAAUUUUCUUACUCAUCGGACCAAUGUGAGACACGGGGUAGUUAAAAAUGUCAGGUGAGUGUUAUCCAUUCAGAGACUUACACAUAAUGAUUAUUUAUGAUUUCUGAAAAUUUCAGCUGAACUGAUUUCACUAAAAAAGGUUUCUU